GGUGGCUCAUAACUAGCCUGUCCUGAAAAGUGUCUGUGCUCUGCGUUGCAGUAACGGUAUUAGCUUAGCAUAGCAUCUGGUGAAUUGGCCAGUAACACACGGACCUAAAAUGGUAUGAAUGUGUGGAUGUGACGGUGGUAUCGCGUACCCUAGUCGACCAGCGUUGAAGUGGAAGUUUUUAUUUUGAAAAAGAAUGAAAGAAAUGGCCAGCGGUGGUUUACCGGCGCGGUUUUGUUAGCCUGCUAAUGCUAGCUAACUAGCAGCCUGGCUAACAGGAACACAGGAGGCAAGUCAGCAGACUGACAAGCGGCAACCAAGAUUUGUACAAAGCUGAAGCAAUGGAUGGCACCUCGGAAGCCACCUCAGAAGCCGCCUCUGAGCGCUUUCUCCUGGAACCAUACAAGUACUUGUUGCAGCUACCUGGAAAGCAAGUGAGGACAAAACUAUCCCAAGCCUUUAACCACUGGCUCAAUGUCCCAGAGGACAAACUACAGGUGAUCAUCGAGGUGACUGAGAUGCUGCACAACGCCAGCUUGCUCAUAGAUGACAUUGAGGACAGCUCCAAGCUGCGGCGAGGCUUUCCUGUGGCCCACAGCAUCUACGGCAUCCCCUCCGUUAUCAACUCAGCCAACUACGUCUACUUCCUGGGGUUAGAGAAGGUGCUGACCCUGGAGCACCCUGAGGCUGUCCGAGUGUUUACCCGGCAGCUGCUGGAGCUGCACCGUGGUCAGGGCCUGGACAUCCACUGGAGGGACAAUUACACCUGUCCCACUGAGCAGGAGUACUUAAACAUGGUGCUGCAGAAAACUGGAGGGCUCUUUGGUCUGGCUGUGGGCCUGAUGCAGCUCUUCUCUGAUUGGAAACAGGACCUGAAACCACUCCUGGACACGCUGGGUCUCUUCUUCCAGAUUCGUGACGACUACUGCAACCUGAGCUCUCAUGAGUACUCUGAGAACAAGAGCUUCUGUGAGGACCUGACUGAAGGCAAGUUCUCUUUCCUCACCAUUCAUGCCAUAUGGUCACGUCCAGAGAGCACCCAGGUGCAGAACAUCCUGAGGCAGCGCACGGAGAACGUGGACAUCAAACGAUACUGUGUGGACUACCUGGAGAAGGUUGGCUCGUUCGCCUACGCUCGUCAGACACUGCGGAACCUGGAGGAGGAGGCCUACCGCCUCAUCAAGGAGUUAGGGGGAAACCCUCAACUGGAGAGCCUCAUCAAACACCUCAGCCAAAUGCAUUGUGAGGCUGAAGCCGCAGCAGUGUCCAGUACUGAGCCACACUCCAGCCAAAACUACUGACCUCCACAUUUCACUGCUACACGCCUAGCCCCACAGAAGCUUUGCUAAUACCCUGAUGCAGAUAGACCCACUCCCGAAAAGCUCAACUCAUACACACACCAGUAUGUUACAUUCACAAACUAUUUAAUGAGUCACAAUUAAUCAUUCAGCUCUAGCUCUUGAAUUGUGGUAGACAGCUCUGACUGCAUUCAGCAGCUAUGAGACAGCGAAGCAGCCACGAAUGUUGCCUUUCUCCUUUGUGUGCUUGUCAGCAUCCUUCAAGUGUUGCUCGACAAAACACACAUCACCAGUUUUUGUAUCCAAUUGUAGCUGUGCAGUCAGAGGAAGAAAUAAAUUAAAAAAUGAAACUUCUUACGUCGGUUUUAUGUUUGCUGUUUUGAAAAUGAAAAAUGACAAGAUGGCAACAAAGCUUAAAAGCCUUCCUUUUUGAUGUGUACUACAGUGCAUAUAAAUGUAUUUUUUUAUGUUCUGCCACCAGACGAAAAUUGUUUAUCUAAAGCUGAGUGUAUGCUGUGUGUUUUUUUUUUUUUUCCCGAAGUCCUUCUUUAAAAUAAGACGUCUCUCUCCAGUGUAUGAUGUGCGAUUUGGGGAUUCUUAAUCAUUAAGCCGCCAAGAGUGCCAAUCCUGUAGAAAAGACCUCUGCAACUCAAUUGUCUACUUGUUAUGUAACACGCUGGCAUUAUAUGCAAAGUAGUGCUCAUGCUGUUUAUGCUCAGCUGUAUAUGAAUACUCUGUUGAUGUUUUGGGUUUAUCGCAGUCUGCGUUUCCAUCUGGUUCAGAUUCAACACAGCCCUUCACAUAUAUUGUAUUAGGGUUAUCCAGUUAUGAUAUUUGUAAGUAGACACUGUGCUGCAGUUAAAAACUUCUUUGCAUCUAUUGAAUAAAAAACUUUAAAGAUAA